AUGGGGUUCUCUAUUGGUAGCAUGGCGCAGGCGUUGUUGCUGUGCCUCAACGCCAUGGCCAUAUUGUCAGAGCGGCGGUUCCUCUCGAGGUAUGGACUCGCGACACCGAUGGUGAUGACAGACAGCGGCGGUGACGGAGGCUUCACGCCGUCGGCAUUCGGUGCCGGUGACGACGUUGUGCGUGCACAACGAUUUUCGCCGUUGAAGGCGAAGCUUGCGUCUGUUCUGAGUAGCGUCCGGACAUUAUUGCGGUGGCCGCUGAUAUUCGUCAACACAGCAGUUAUUCUCUUCACCCUUGUGUUUGGAUGA